UCUCUUCUUGCUCUUUUUUUUAAUGCCCGAAGCUAGCCAAAGUGUAGAGAUCACAUGUAUGUACAUACAUACGUGGGUUGCGAUUGUGUGUAACACAUGCUGACAUUAAAGAAAACAAAAUUGGGAAAGAUGUACGAGCGUAAUGUGACGUAUAUUACGUUCGCAUUAUUUCUGAUUUUAUUUUGUGACACUACGUCGUCGGAAUGCACACAGCUCGGUCCCUGCAGCUGUUCGUUGGUAGACGGCAGUUCGUACAAUUUGAUCAACCUCGCAGAUGAAAAAUGGCAAACUGACAGUAAACAUAAUUGGACAGUAUACUUUAACCCAUGCAAAAAUGUAAAAAUAAAGAUAGAUGCACAAACCACUUGUAAUAAUGGAACUGAAUCAUCGCUAUGCGUAUACAAUAACCAAACACAUACGUCAAUAAAUCUUGGAACAACAAAUGACACACAAAUGAAAUUGUCGGAUGGGAAUAACACAUUGCCAAUUUUGAAAAUACAUCAUGAUAACAUUACAUCAAUAAUAUAUAUCAUAUGCUUUUCUGAAAAAACAUAUUUCAAGAUAGUUUCUCCGAUUAACGUUAACUCUACGGAAUAUAAUUUUAUUCUGGCAUCGCCGUAUGCAUGUAAAAUACCACCACACAAAGAGUUACCUAAAGGUUUGUCCGGCGGUUCCAUCUUAGUUAUCUUAUUUUUCACCUUCGCCGGCAUAUACUUUAUUGGUGGUAUUGUGACAUUGAAGUUACUGAGAGGUGCAACAGGCUGGGAAAUGCUACCGAAUCAUGAAUUCUGGUGUGAUCUUCCUGCAUUAGUCAGAGAUGGCGUGGUCUUUACCUUUAAUUGUUGUCGAGCAGAUAGUUACGAAAGAAUAUAAGAGAAAUAUGUCUUUCUUAAAUAAGUUUUGUUUAGUAUUUAUUAAGUGAAUGACUUUGUUACAAUUUAUUAUAAAUAGCCCGUUAAUAGUUUAAAUAUUUUUUUUCGCACAUUUUUCUCCGUACUAUUACGUUUUUGUAUAUUUAUGUAGUGGCCUAUAAUAGUUAAAAAUGUAUUUCUUCGUAAGAUGUACAUUGAUUUGAAACAUCAAAUCGAUCUUUGUACUAAUACGUUUUAAUACCGAUACUUUUUUUGCUCGUGUACUUGCUAGCACAAUUUGAAAGCAUAAAAUGUAUAUACACUGAAAAAUGUGAUAUUCCAUCGCGCUAUGUCACGUGCCAAUAUUAUUUUUUUAAGUUCUUAGCAUUAUAGACAUUUCAACUUAAAUUCAUGCAAAAUCAAUCUGUGAACAACUAUUGUUGCUGCGUACAAUGAUUACAAGUUGAUGUCAAGACAACAAUGACACAGCAAAUUCAUUGAUUGUUUCGAAUAUCGGAUACGUAUUCGUAAAACGUUCUUAUUGACGAACGAAAAUCAACGGUAAAA